AUGGCACUUAAUCCAUACGGAGACACGUCGAGAGCUGCAGCAGGACCAUCUACGAGCGAAUUUGACAUCCUGAAGGCAUCACAUAAGUUCUUACGUGAAGAUGACGAGCAGGAGUCACUUACUUGGAAUGAACAACUGGCGAAGAAAUAUUAUCACAAUCUAUACCGCGAGUUCGCCGUAUGUGAUUUGAAGCAUUACAAGUCGGGAAACUUUGCAUUACGAUGGCGCACCGAGUCCGAGGUCAUCUCCGGAGCAGGUGAAACCACUUGCGGCAACACGCGCUGCACUCUUCAUACAAAACAAGAGGGAGAAAUGUUGUUAGUGAAGACCAUAGAACUUCCAUUCUCAUACAUAGAAGACGGGGAAACUAAGUUCGCUUUGGUGAAGGUAGUGCUAUGUGAUAAAUGCUUGAAGAAACUUAUGUGGAGGCGGAAUAAGGAGAAGGAGAGGGUUCAGGAAGAGACAAAGGCGCAACAAGCUGCUGGCAAAGGCAGAGCAGAGGACACAAUCAUGGGAGCUUUUUCGCGCGGGGAACCAAAGGAGCAUUUCACACGGAAACGGAAUGUGGAUGAAGAACCUGCUCGUAACUCUUCGAGGACAGAGCCAGCUGGCUUCACACGCGAUGCAAGUCAUAAACGGCGCAGAAAGCACUCGCAAUCCCACCCCCCCCCACAUGCAAGCAGCCAUUCUCUUCUGGCAGAUCGACUUGACAAUAGAUGA